UAUACACUGUCCCUCAAAUUCAUGUGAGUGCCAGGCUUAGAAUCCGGCAUGUCUAUCCUCGAAACGUGGAUAUCGAUGAUGUAUUCGGCUGACCAUCACAUCCCUUGGGUCUUACAGAUGAGAUAUGGAUGUCGUCAAGUGAACUUAAAUCACACGUCAGUGGGUGUUAAAUCAAGGGGAGUGAGACUACUGCUUGUUGCAAAGGAACAGGGCCAUGACAACUGUUCGCAAGAGAUCUGGAGUACAUAAAGGCAGUCAUUCUCUGGUUUUGAUUUCUCACAUUCUCCGUUCUUCAGGCAGUUUCCACCUGAAACAUCGUCUUCACUCGCAAUCGUUACACAUCUUUCGUGAAUAAUUCCCUCUCGCCAAUAUGCAGAUCACUAAGUCCCUCCUCGCGGCCGUGCUGAUGCUUGGGCCAUCGGUCCUUGCAAGCCCGGUUGUAGCGAGAACUGAUGAUGCUGCUAAGCUUGCCCAGCCUGCUGAAGCAGCCAUCAAGGAUGGUUACGAUGAUGACUACUAUCGCAGGCAUCAUCAUCACCACCACCAUCAUCACCAUGAUGAUGAUGGGUAUCACUAUGGCCACCACUGGAAGGCCCGCGAUGGUGAUGAUGAUGACCCCGAUGGCCCCGAUUCAGCAGCCUUAGCUGCUCGUGAUCGCGGCCGCCACAGGGACCACGGCGAUCACAGAGACCAUGGAGAUCACAGAGACCACGGUGAUUAUAGAGGCCACCGUGGCCAUCAUAAGCGUGAUGAUGAUGAUGCUGGUGAUGAAAAGCUUGUUGAAGAUUCCGAUAAAGAUCGCGGCAGGAACCGCGGUGGUGAUCGUGGUGGUAACCGCGGAGGUAACAGCGGAGGGAACCGAGGUGGGAAUCGUGGUGGGAAUCGCGGGGGACAUCGUGGCGAUAAACGUCAAGAGCCACAAGGAACCCAGCCCCAAGGAACCCCCCAAAAUACACAACCUCAGGGAACCCAGCCUCAAGGUACGCAACCCCAAGGAAACCAACCUCAAGAAAUCCAGAACAAGGACAAGCGCCAAGAUUCGGACAAUGACAAGCGUGAAGAGGCGAAGGACGAGGAAGCUGUGGACCUAGGUGACGAGAAAGAGGUUGACGAAGAUUCCAAGAAGGGCUUCGGUGCCAAGGGUGGUUACUACGGACGUCACGGCGGCUGGGGUGGUCACGGCGGCUGGGGAGGUUACGGCAACGGCUGGGGAGGCUAUGGCAACGGCUGGGGUAACGGCUGGGGUAACGGCUGGGGCAACGGCUGGGGCAAUGGUUGGGGCAACGGCUGGGGCGGUUACGGAAACGGCUGGGGAGGCUACGGCGGGUACAAAGGUGGUUACGGCAAAGAAGGUUAUGGUAAAGGUUACUAAUCGCUCAUCGGACACUUGAUCUGACGAUCCUGAACAUCACGAAGAUAGGUGGUAUGGAAUUAAUGGCUACUACGAUGUAUGUAUUUAUCUGAUUUUUGCUCACUAAGGGUUUGUUUUUUUUGGUAUCACAAAAUAUACACGAAGUAUUUGCGUAACAAAGAGAUCAUUCGAUUGUCGAUAAUACAAGUUUAAGCAUAUAACAAACAACCAUAUCUAGCUCUCGUGGGUUUGAGCUUACUGCUAGUAAUAUGCCGAUGCGGGUCUAUUCUCGCAUCCAGCCGGCUUGAGUAGACGCUAAUGAAGGAAGGUAUGUGCUGAAGAAAACGCUGGGCUUUGGUUUCUGAUCACCAGCCUGCCCUUAUAGAGUUUCUCAGAGCAUUAGUCCCUGAAGUGGUGAAAUGCAGUUGCCGGGAAGUUUC